AUGCGCGUCUGGACCUCAGAACGAUCGCAUUACCUAGACGAGUUGAUUCGAUUAGAAGGGCGCGGGAAGGCUGAUCAUUCAUGCCAUGCUUGUGGGGACUUGGACACAUCAUAUCGUUGUGAGGAUUGUUUUUCAGUUGAUUUAUUUUGCCGCCUGUGCAUGAUCAAAUUCCACCAGAAUGUACCGCUUCAUCGAGUCAAGCAAUGGCAGGACAGAUAUUUUCACGCUACAACUUUAAAACACCUUGGCCUGCGCAUCCAAUUAGGAGAUCACACUGGCCAGUCCUGCCGCAAUCCCAAACCCGCACAAGAGGACAAUUUUGUUGUAAUCGAUGUCCAUGGAAUACACGAGGUCGUGCUCGACUUCUGUAGCUGUGCGAAUGCACCAUCCCACUACAGACAACUUUUGUGUGGCCGCUUCUUUCCAUCAACUUCAACAGAUCCGAGGACUGCAGCAACAUUUGCAGUUCUCGAACAUUUCCACCUCCUUUCGUUCGAGUCUAAAGUGUCGGCUUACGAGUUUUAUCAUUGCCUUGCACGUCGAAGCGACAACACAGGCAUUAAGCCUAUCAAGGACCGCUACUCUGUCUUUUUAAGGAUCAUGAGACAGUGGCGGAAUCUCACAUCGUUGAAACGAUCAGGUCGCGGUCACAACCCUGCGGGAGUUGAUGCAACGCAACAAGGACAACUCGCAGUCCUGUGCCCUGCCUGUCCGCAGCUCGGAAAAAAUGUCCCUGAGGACUUAGCACAUGUCAGCUCAAAUGAACGAUGGCUUUACUCGCUAUUCUUGGCCAUUGACGCCAAUUUUCGCCUUAAGCGUCAUCUCGUGUCAAACGAUAUCAAGGGCCCUGGGCUCAGUCCCGGAUGGGGGUAUUUUGUGGAAGAAGGACAGUACAAGACAUACCUUCGCAAUCAUGCAGAUGUCAGGCAAGAGAGCAUGUGCGUUAGCCACAAUGCCAUCAACAUGGCGGAUACCAAGCUUGCCAAAGGGCUUGCGGCAACCGGCGUAGGCUCAGUUGUUUGUGCGCGGCACGACAUGCGGCUCGCAAGUGGCGUUGGAGAUUUGCAAAGAGGCGAAAAAUAUAUGAAUAUGGAUUACAUUGUAUUCUCCGCCCUGUCUGCUUUUGCGUCCACUCCCAUAGUCAACUUUUCCUAUGAUAUUGCCUGCCAGUGGCACAAAGAGCUCUGGCGGCAUGUCUCGACCCUUCCUUCGCAACUCCAACCCAAUUGCACGCACACGGCCUUCAACUUCUUUGUGCCCAAGUUUCAUAUUGCUGCUCAUAUUGCCGCUUGCCAAACGAAUUUCUCCUUCAACUGGACACCAGGAGUUGGUCGAACAGACGGGGAAGCACCAGAACGUGGAUGGGCCGAUAUAAACCGCGUCGCUGCAAGUACGAAGGAAAUGGGGCCCGGUAGUCGUCGCGAAGUUCUUGACGACCAUUUCGGCGAUUGGAACUGGAAGAAAGUGACUGCAUUUGGUCGUGUCUUACUCCGCAAGAUCAAGGAAGCCGUCAAAGCCAAAACAGAACAUCGCCAUGCCCUUACGGAGUUGGAAGAGUCCAUCAAGCAAUCAGACUUAGGCGUUGCCUCACUCACAAAUUGUACAAACGAAGUAUUAGCAUGGGAGCUAGACCACUCGAAUCCGAAUCCGUUUGAGAGCAGGGUAACAGCCACAACGCAGGCGGCCGUUCGUCUAGAGCUACUAAUGCAAGAUGCGCAAGAUUUAGAGGACAGAUCUUUGGUUUCACUUCAUUCUGAUGUGACGCCGAGCAUUCUCAUCAGCACGGGUCUGGAUAUUGAGCAUACACAACGACGGCUUCGUGCAGAUAACGGGAGCUUAGGUCAACAUGCAACAAAUGAACAACAAACGAAGAUCCUAGCACGCAGCAAUAGUCUCCAACGUCGUAUUGAAGCAUGGACCAAGAUUCAAGUCUUAUACAUGCCAUCUGUCUCUCAACUCCGUGCUACUAAUGCUACCGGCCUCAACCAUACACCCAGUGAUGACGAAGAGAGCGGAUGUCCAAGGUCGAGGCCCAAUUCUGUCAAACCUGAGGACUUUCAGCUGCUAUUUCCUUCCAACAUCUGCAGCUACACACCGUGCGAUCCAAAACUGCUUCACAUAGAAUGGUCAUUGCGUUUUGCGCAGGCAAAUGAUGCUCUGGACGAGUGCCGAUCCCAUAUACGCCUUCGCCAUCAGCUCUUGUGUUUCAAAAGCCAGCACCUACGUGGACAAUGCGCCAAUACUGGGGCGCGGAAGACCGUACAAGCUGUUGAUGACCGGCUAGUCCUCAGCCAUGAUAAAUAUUUGCGUGCGCGUAGCGCAUUGGUCUGCCUGUCGAGGCACGUUGAUCAUGUUGGGUGGGAUCACGGCCUACAACCACUGAAGAAAACGGACCUCAGACCAAUAGGUGAUCUUGGGGGACAGACUCUGGGCACAGCAAUCAUGCCGUGGAUCUGGCUUACUCAUGGGAUCUCUUCGCAUGACAGCGAGGGGCUGCAAGACACACUCCGCGUCGAAUGGUGUAAGGCAAGGGCCCGACAUAACCGGUGGCAAGAAGAAAUACAGCUAUUACUGGUUGAGAUGCAGCGCGUGUUGGCGUUUCUCGCAUGGGAAGCCAGACAGUGGGACGAGCGAGCAACCCUUCGCAUGGUAGAGCGGUCAGAAUAUGCGGAAGGUCUGAUCGCAUAUGCAAACCGCCAGGCUGCUAUCCGUCGCGGCUUGUCUGCAAGCUUUUCGGAAAUGUGGAGGGAUGUGGGAGCCCUAGUAAGUGCGGGUUUGGAUUAUGGCGCAGAAGGCGAGCAGGACGACGGACCUUCUAUUGACAGACAUUCUAUUGAUGAACCCCCACACGAAGAUCUCGAUGGGGUUGAUUAGUAGCUUCUGUACCUUCAUACAUAGUGACGUCUUCAAUGAAUCAACAUUUGGAUCUCAGAUUCUCAGAAAAUGCUCAAGUUGCUCAACUUAGACAUUGGCCGG